UGCACAACCACAAUCAGGGCUCAUUUUCUAAGUCUAAUUGUUAACUUCUGCCGGUCACAAAAAGUACCUCAAGAUGUAAAAGUCAAACGUUUGAGCGGGGGGGUUCUGUGACUUGUUGUAACUGGAACACAAACGUCAAAAUGAUGAGGGAGAAACAUUUUCAUUUGACGAUUUUCAGCAUGACACAAAAGUCAUUCAAGCUUUUCCAAAAGUAUAAAUAGAAGAAAUGCAAAUCAUUUGCAUACUUGGGAGAGCGUGGGAGUGUUCUAUUUGCUGCGAUGUUCAUUCAUCCAGAUGAGUGCAAUGGUUGGCUGCACACGGUUACGCGCAGGAAACCCGGUCAAAAGUCCCCCGGCGUGCACGCGCCACCCUGCAAACUUUCACGAGCUCACUUGUCAUGCUUGCAAGAGGAGGGACUACGUCCAUUGUGCACCAGCGCGUGUGUGGGGGUAAUUCGCAGCAGAUGACCACUUGAUGGGAUGGAGGCUUUCGGGGGGAUGUGAGCCUUUCCGCAGUCCGCUUCAAUUAAUUUGCGCGACACGCUGCGGAGUGAUGGAGCCUUUCGCCGGACUGGUGCAGUAGGAUCACGCAGAAGCAGCAAGUGGAACAUGGCGCACGAGUGAAUGUCGCUCCGGCGCCGCGGGGAUGGAGACCGGCUAUUUCCUCUGCGCGCUUCUGCUCUGCCUCGGCGGUUUCGCCUCCCCGGGACUUUGUCCCGACCGCUGUGACUGCCAGCAACCGCAGCGUCUCAUGUGCGCCAACCGGGGUUUGCGCGCCGUGCCCCCUCCAAGCGGCGACCAGAAGGAGGUGCUGGUCUUCAGCCUCGGGGGUAACUUCAUCGGAAACAUCUCGGCCAACGACCUCGGAAGGUUCACAGGCUUAGUGCGAUUGGAUUUACAGUUCAAUCAAAUCCGAAACAUCCAUCCUAAAGCAUUUGAGAACGUGUAUGAUUUGGAAGAGCUCUACGUGGGACAUAAUCGUUUAUCCGACAUUCAAUUUGGAACUCUGCAACCCUUGAAGAAGCUGACAGUCCUUUGCGUGAAUAAUAAUGACCUCGUUGAAAUAACGCCGGGACUUUUGGACAAUUUGGAUCAUCUGGUUAAGUUACGCCUGGAUGGCAAUAAAAUUGAAAGCUUGCAGCUUUCACUUUUGAAAGACUUGCACAAUCUGCGCUAUCUUCAUCUGGAGUCCAAUCAGCUGCAUCACAUUCACAGAAAUGCCUUUUGUGCACUUGCUCAGCUGCGCUUUCUCAAUUUGUCUCACAAUAAGCUGCCGGCCCUGCGAGGCCCCCUCACCUUCUCCCAUCUCACAGCCUUGACAACUUUACUGCUGUCUGAAAAUGAAAUCCAACACGUGGGGAAUAAAGUUUUUCACCAUCUGAAAAAGCUAUCCAAAUUAUCUUUCAGUAAUAACAGAAUUGCUCAUUUGCACAACGGGGCUCUGCUCGGUUUAGCGAGCCUCAAAGAGUUCCUGAUAGAUGGGAAUGAACUGGAGGAGAUCCCCGCUGGGCUUCUGGAUCCUCUGGGGCUCGUGGAGCAUUUGGACUUUAGUCGCAACCGGAUCUCUAAUAUUGACUCUUUAGCAUUUCUUCAUCUUAAACAGCUCAGGUUUCUGAAGCUACGGAAUAACGUCCUAACAAGCCUACCGGGUGACAUUUUCAAGCUCAAUAACUUUCUUCACAACCUGGAUCUCCACGGUAACAACUGGACGUGCGAUUGUCGCCUGGAAGAGCUGAAAAGAUGGAUGUCUGCAGCACGUUCAAAGGGGAGACUGUUGGAUGUGUUUGUACAGUGCCAUCACCCAGCAACCCUGAGAGGGACCUCCUUGGACCGUGUGAACACGUCCCACUUUCAGUCUGCUGGGAACUGGAGCGAUCUGUGUGGGAGCCACGGCGGGCCAGAGGAGAGCCAGGGAGGGAAGACCUGGCUUAAGAUGAAGGGUGAAGCUUGGCAGGAAGAAAGCGGAAGAGAAGAUCCAAAGCAACAAAAGCAGGAUAAGACGACACAAGGGAAGGAAGAGGCGGGCAUACAAGGAGACCAAGGCGGAACAGAGGUGCCAGUAAUGGUUCAUUCAUUCAAAAAGAACUCUCGCAGAUCCAAGUCAUCAACUGACCCGCUUACAAAAAGGGCCAAAAUUGAGGAGAAGGUUUCCAGAACACAUCCAGAGAAGGACAUCUCUACAGCAAGUCAUGAUGGGAACCGGCAGAGUGUCUCCACAACUCUCAUCCCAUCCGGAGAAAUGUUUGAUUUUCUUAGAACGGACCACAAAGGGGUCCCGCCUAUCGUCACCGAGCCGUGUGCCUUCAACCGCCAUUUCAUCGCCAACGUGUCAGUGGACCAGGUCACGAGCAGUACAGUCACGGUCCACUGGGCGACACAAGGACUCACUCCAGACCUGGAUGAGGUGCACUACCGGAUUAUGUUUGACCGCUUCGGGACAUCCGAACGGUUUCCGCGAUUCGUUUACGCAACCGGUGCAGCCCGCUCGGCGAUUCUGCGGGAGCUUCGCCCGGAUGUCACCUACAUGGUGUGUGUCGAAGGAGUGGUUGCCGGUUCCGUGUGUCAAGUGGCGCCCCGCGACCACUGCUCAGGUCUGGUCACUCUUUCCGAGGACUCGGUCCUGACCGUCAACCUCCAGCUGGUGACGGUGCUGACGUUGGCCGGGAAUGGCGUCCUGCUCCUCGUCCUGGGAAUGGUCUGGUUGAGCCGAAGCCUCAAGAAGAAGUUGCAGAGGAGAAAGUCGGCCGUCCACGUGCGCCACAUGUACUCCACCAGAAGACCUUUUCGAGCCAACUUAGCAAACACCUCGCCGUCCACUGACUUCACAAGCUACCAAAGCAGUCGCCCGGCCCGGCUGGUACCACCAGAAAUGGGAGACCUCAUUGAGUUCCCUUGUGACCGCUUUCAAGAUUCCGCUUCCUCUCGCAGAGACAUUGACCUGCCCAGAUUCUCCGAUUAGGAUUUGAGAGCAGAGGCAGUGGCUUGAUUUUUUUUUUUACACAUUUCUUUCCACCUGCAAGGACUUUUCUAUGUGCUUUUGUUUUGCAAUGUUUUGAAUGCAAGUGUGACCCGCAUGAAUGAUGAUAUUAGUUUUGACUUUACAAGACAUCCUAAUGUCUUGUUGUACGGUACAGUUUCAUGUUUUCUACAUUUUUUUUUUAAUACUUUUUUGUCACCUGGGGUUUAUGGAUUUAUUUCUGAGUUGAAAUAAAACCCGACUUGAUUAUGAAGCACAACACAAAAUAUGUUUUGUUUGCAUGUAUUAUUAUAUCUUAAUUGUAACUACACAUGACGUGUAGAACCUUUAACCUUUUAUAACCUUAUUAGAGAUUGAAUUAAAACAAGAACUAUA